AUCGUUUGUUUUAAAUUACUUUUUACGCUAUCAGACGCACAUUCCGCAUAAGUUAGCAUUUUCAAUUGAAGCCCCCCAAGUCGGAAUACAUAACCGAACAUUUCCGGCAGUUAAUAUUAAAAGUGAAACUUUUGAACACCCAAUAACAGUGGGGUUCGAUACUGGCCGAAACGAUAAGUCUUUGAUAUAAAUAUAAAUGUAGGUCGAUCGUACCCGCGCCGGUUCUUCAUUUCCGAAAUAGUGAGAGUGAAGAAGUGCAGCCGCUAUUCCGAUGUGGCCGUUGUCCCGUCGAAGGUGAACGUGCAAAUUUCUUCCGAAGAAAGAAGAAAGUACGAUCAGACGACAAAUCUCGCGCUUUAUGUGUGCUUAAGUGCGUGUUCAAACCCAGUAAGGAUGAAGAUCUCUAUUCUGCUGGUGUGUACGUGCGCAAUAAUUUCCAUUCAAACGGCCCACGGAUCGCCCGUAAAACCCCCAAUUUACCCACUUAAUCUCGAGGACUUAUCCAAUGGCGACGAAGCAAAGGAGCUGGAGGAUUGGAACAACUAUAACCACAGUUUCAGGCCUAAACGCACUAUUGAACCUCUGCUCGGAUCAGCUGGUGCAAUUAUUCAAUUUAAAACUGCCGCUAUAUCGGGUGCGAAAAAAACCAUUAUCGAAAUCGCUCGCGGAUCCUUCGGGUCCCUAGCGGGAGCUUCCGCAGGAGUCACAAACGCGGCUGCAGGCUCUGCCGGUGGCAUUCAGCAGCUCAAAUCAGCUCUAAGCUCACACAUCCAGAAAAAAAUCGCCCAAACCACCCUUGGGGCAGCCUCCGGAUCGGCCAAGGCAAUAAACCAACUAAAAUCAGCCGCCCUUAACGGUGCGGUGAGUUCCGUUGCGGGCUUAAGCCAAAACUCACUCGGAGGCUCCGCCAAAGGCUUCCAGCAGCUGAAAAGCGCCGCCCUUAACAGCAUCGCCAGCCAAAUCAACCAACUAGUUCAAGGCUCGUCCAAUGGCUUAAGCUCAGCCAAGGCAGGAGUUUCCAUUAAAAUCGGCCAACUAGCCAAAGCUUCCGCAGGAGCAGCCUCAUCAGCGUCGGCAGGCGCACAAAGCCUCAAGCAAGGGGCGAAAUCAGCAGUCAGCAACAAGAUCAGCCAGAUUGCCGGCGCUUCAGCCAGUUUGGCCACUGGGGCUUCCUCAGGCCUCCAAUCCAAAGUGAGCCAAGUUUCCCAGGACAUCGCUGUGGGCGGAGCCGAUGUGGCCGACCAGCUGCGCUCAGCUAUAGCAGCUGGAACUGAGAAGAAACUAGGCCAGGCAGCCAGCGGUUUAACUGGCGCGUUAACAGCUGCAGUCGGCUCAGCUUCUGCAGGCGUCGGCCAGAUCACCAGGGGCGUCUUCACCGAAUCCAGCAACUUAAUCAAUCAACUCAAAUCCAGGCUCCUGCAGGAAACCCUGGGCAAGUUGAGCCACGCGUCGCAAGCCUCCUCCGCCGCCAGUGGCCAAACGAUCAAAACCCUACAAUCAGCAGUAGAAGCCUCUUCCAAUGCGGCCAAUCGGCUGAAAUCUUCACUCCUCAACCAAAUCGCCGCCUCCAGCGGCCAAGCCUCCAAAACAGCCCCUUCAGCUCUAUCCGGCUCAGCCGGGGCAAUCAACCAGCUGAAGAAUGCCGCCCUCUCUCACCUCACCAGCAACAUCGGGCAAAUCGCGCUUGGCUCCGCCAGCGCCGCCUCUGGGGCCUCCAACUCCACCCACAGCCUGAAGAACGCUCUAGUGGGGCAAAUUUCCAGCAAAAUCAGCCAAACUUUGCGCAGCUCUACCAGAGGCACCAGAUCAGCCCUGACAGGAUCAGCCAGCGCCAUUCAACAGCUGAAAUCUGCAGCUUUCUCUAUGCUGACUGGGGCUAGUGGGCAGGCUUCUAGAGGAGCUGGAUCAGCAGUGACUGGAUCAGCCAGCGCCGUUCAACAGCUAAAGAGUGCGGCUCUUUCGCAACUAGCUGGAGGAAUCGGGCAAGCCUUGCGAGGCUCUGCCUCAGCUGCAACUGGGGCUAGCGGGCACCUUUCAAGAGGCGCUGGAUCUGCAGUGUCUGGAUCAGCCAGCGCCGUUCAACAGCUCAAGAGUGCCGCUCUUUCGCAACUAGCCGGCGGAAUCGGGCAAGUCUUGCGAGGCUCUGCCUCAGCUGCAAGUGGGGCUAGUGGGCAAGCCUCCAAAGGGGCUGCAUCUGCAGUUUCUGGAUCAUCCAACGCUAUUCAGCAGCUGAAAAGUGCCGCGCUAUCGCAACUAGUUGGGGGAUUGGGGCAAGUUCUGCGCGGUUCUUCAUCGGCGGCAACUGGAGCUAUUGGGCAGGCUUCCAGCGGGUCAAUGGCCGCCCUAUCGGGAUCAGCUAACGGGAUAAAUCAGCUAAAAUCCGCAGUGCUUUCGCACUUGGCCAGCAAAGCUGCUAACGCCUCUCGUAUGGCCGUUGGAGGAGUGGCCGGGUCGAGCGGGCAGCUCUCCCAAGGAGCAGGAUCAGCUGCAACUGGAUCAGCUAGAGCUGUCCAGCAGCUGAAAUCAGCUGCAGUGGCCAGCGUUCAGAACAAGGUGAGCCAAGUGGCUGGCGGUGUGGCCAAUGCGAGUAGAGGAGCGGUUGGAGGUGUGGGAGCUACGAUUGCUGGAUCAGCGCGAGCUGUUCAGCAGCUGAAAGGGGCCCUGGUGGAAGGAAUUCAGCAGCAGAUCUCGAAUCUGGCUGAAGCUUCGGCUGGGGAUCGCAGGAAAAGAAGCGCUGAUGGGUCGCUGACUGGCAGCCAGCACGGAAAUUUAGAUGAAGUAGACCAAGAUUUGAAUAGGAGAUCAGAUUCUCCCUGGGCCUCAGCCCCCGGAUCCAGCGACAUUCUGAACCAGCUAAAAUCGGCAGUGGCCUCCGGACUGAAGCAAAAGUUCGUCCAACUGGCCAAAGGCUCUGCUGGGGCCGCAGCUGGCGCCUCUGCAGGAUUCAGCAAAGGCAGCUUCAGCGGACAUGACACUGUGGCCCAUUCCUAUCACGAAGUGGACGAGCACAAGGGCCUGGACUCGUGGGAUAUGAAGAAAUCGCUGCUGAACACCCUGCUGCAAGCAGUCAAGGCGAUUAAAGGUGGGGUUUUAGCCAUAAAGGGCCAGUUAAUAAAGGGCAGUGGUUAUGUGGUGGCUGGAGGUGGCAAACUGCUAGCGGCAUCAGGAGACAAAGUCACCAAACUGGGAACAAACAUUUUAACUAACGCGGUUUCGGCACACCCUAGCAAAGACGAACACUCACAUCCCGAUUACGGGACGCAUUCAAGCGGGUUUACAGCCCCGAGUGGGCCCCCCGUUUCGUAUGACGGUCCGCCAUCUUCAGGGCAUGGCUACGAGAGCCACUACGAGAGUCCUUCGCAUGGCCAUUAUCAUGAGUCGCUCCUUGCUCAAGACCUCCAUCAGCACGAAAGCAGCGAUCCAUAUUUCUAAGUUGGUUUUGGUUGUCUGAACUGGACUGUGCGUAAACGAAUCACUUCAUAGACUUAGUCAUAGGCCUCAUCAAGAUCACGAUAGUC